UUACAAAUUAUAAUAUUUACAAAGGAUUUUAUCAUUUUAACAACAAGUUAUAAAAAAAAGUUGAAGUGCGUUAAACGUACAUUAAAAGUAAAUAUGCCAGGAAAGAAUAAUAGAUACAACGAUUUGAUGGAAAAUGAGUCUACAACCGAAGAAGGAAACACAACUUUCAAAUACGCUGGCUUUUUACCGAUACCUGCAGUUUUAAGUUUAAUUUUGUUUUUGGUUGGAUUUGUGACCCCCGGAUGGGCGUGUGUGGAAAUAUUAGGACAAUAUGUUGGCUCCGGAUUGUGGUAUAAUUAUGUGUGUGGAGCGAGAUCAGAUUGUGAAAUAAAAUGGUUUCCUAGUCAACAAGUGAAGUCAAAGGAUUUAGCAGAUGCAUUAGAGAAUUAUAUGGUGAAAUAUCGAGUGAUGGCAAGUUUAGCUUUGGUCUUCCAAAUAUUUGCAACUAUCUCGGCAUUGUUGGCCAUUAUACCAAAGACGAACUUGAAACAAUACCUGUUUACAUUUAUUUGCAUCUGUAACUUCUGUUUGUUUUUAUCAGCAAUUUUCAGUCUGGUCACAUCAGGAAUGUAUGCACACGAACUCAUCAAGUCAAUGACCGUGUUCAAAAAAUACGAACACAUCUUAGGAAAGAGCCCUUACACGUUUCCCUAUUCAUUGUUCGUGUUUGGCAUCGGAGGAAUCAUUUCCGCCUUGACAAUGUUUUUCAUCAUGGGAACAGUUUUCAUCAAGCGUUUGACAGUUAAUGGACCAAUCGGAAGUACCUUUCAAAUGUCUUAGUGUACUAUGCAUAUAUAUUAAUACACGAAACAAAGUUCUAAAAAAAAUAGCAAUAAUAUGUCUUAGUGUACUAUGCAUAUAUAUUAAUACAUGAAACAAAGUUCUAAAAAAAUAGCAAUAAUAUGUCUUAGUGUACUUUGCAUAUGUAUUAAUACAUGAAACAAAGUUCUUAAAAUAUAGAAAUAUAUGACUUAGUGUACUAUGCAGAUGUCUUUAUACAUGAAACAAAGUUCUGAAAAUAUUGCAAUAAUAUGUCAUAGUGUACUUUGCAUAUGUAUUAAUACAUGAAACAAAGUUCUAAAAAUAUAGCAAUGAUAUGUCUUAGUGUACUAUGCAUAUGUAUUAAUACAUGAAACAAAGUUCUAAAAAUAUAGAAAUAAUAUGUCUUAGUGUACUAUGCAUAUGUAUUAAUACAUGAAACAAAGUUCUUAAAAUAUAGAAAUAUAUGACUUAGUGUACUAUGCAGAUGUCUUUAUACAUGAAACAAAGUUCUAAAAAUAUUGCAAUAAUAUGUCAUAGUGUACUUUGCAUAUGUAUUAAUACAUGAAACAAAGUUCUGAAAAUAUAGAAAUAUAUGACUUAGUGUACUAUGCAGAUGUCUUUAUACAUGAAACAAAGUUCUGAAAAUAUUGCAAUAAUAUGUCAUAGUGUACUUUGCAUAUGUAUUAAUACAUGAAACAAAGUUCUAAAAAUAUAGCAAUGAUAUGUCUUAGUGUACUUUGCAUAUGUAUUAAUACAUGAAACAAAGUUCUUAAAAUAUAGAAAUAUAUGACUUAGUGUACUAUGCAGAUGUCUUUAUACAUGAAACAAAGUUCUGAAAAUAUUGCAAUAAUAUGUCUUAGUGUACUUUGCAUAUGUAUUAAUACAUGAAACAAAGUUCUAAAAAUAUAGCAAUGAUAUGUCUUAGUGUACUAUGCAUAUGUAUUAAUACAUGAAACAAAGUUCUUAAAAUAUAGAAAUAUAUGACUUAGUGUACUAUGCAGAUGUCUUUAUACAUGAAACAAAGUUCUAAAAAUAUUGCAAUAAUAUGUCAUAGUGUACUUUGCAUAUGUAUUAAUACAUGAAACAAAGUUCUGAAAAUAUAGAAAUAUAUGACUUAGUGUACUAUGCAGAUGUCUUUAAACAUGAAACAAAGUUCUGAAAAUAUUGCAAUAAUAUGUCAUAGUGUACUUUGCAUAUGUAUUAAUACAUGAAACAAAGUUCUAAAAAUAUAGCAAUGAUAUGUCUUAGUGUACUAUGCAUAUGUAUUUAAACAUGAAACAAAGUUCUGAAAAUAUAGAAAUAAUAUGUCUUAGUGUACUAUGCAUAUGUAUUUAUACAUGAAACAAAGUUCUGAAAAUGUAGAAAUAUCACAUUCGAUACUUGUGGCUAAAACAAUGCAAUUGCAUUACACGCUUAAUGUUUGGUUUUGAAUCUUAAUUAAAAAUCGAAAGGAG